UCGUCAGUUGUACGCAGGACAUGGGGGAGAGAUAGUGGAGAAGAGGAGGAUUUGUCUUUUCCAGCACAGUUCAGUGUUUCCAACUUAAACGUUCCCUCUGGUGGCCUUUGAGGAUAUAGCAAAGCUGUGAUUUGAGCAUCAAGAAGGAAAUAAGUGAAAAUUUCAACACAAAUGAGCCUACAACACAAGGAUUUAUUGCUACUAUGUUAAAUCCUCUUGAGAGUUGUUUUCUGUGCUUUGCUGGAAUAUGGCAAUAAGAGGGACUACAGAGAUCCUUAAGAAACGUCUUUAAGGACAGCAAAAGAAACCGGAAGAAUGGAAGCUUCAUACGCUGCUAGCGCCGCCGUUGCUCCAACUCUGCCACCGAUCACCUCAUCUCCAGGUUACCUGCUCAGAAUGUUUCGGGAGUAUCAAAGCAACGCCGUCAUCAUGGCCCAUUACAACUUCACCGGAAAGCUGAAAGAGAACAAAUACCGGGACGGACUGAAACCCGAGGCCAUUGUGUUUCUCAUCAUCUGUCUUCUCAUUGUGGUGGAAAAUGCCAUUGUUUUGGUGGCAAUAUGGAAGAACAAAAAAUUCCACAUGCCCAUGUACUACCUGCUGGGCAGCUUGACGCUCUCCGAUUUGCUUGCAGGCUUCACCUACAUGGUGAACAUCGUGACUUCGGGCGCAAACACUCUCAAAAUGACUCCAGUGCUGUGGUUUCUUCGAGAAGGUGGCGUGUUUAUCACACUUUCUGCAUCUGUCAUCAGUCUCCUCGCUAUAGCUAUCGAGCGGCAUGUCACGAUGGUCCGGAUGAAGCCGUAUCAAGGGGCCAAGCGUGGCCGAAUGUUCGGUUUGAUUGGUGCAAGUUGGGUUCUUUCGGUGCUCCUCGGCAUUCUCCCGAUCAUGGGCUGGAAUUGCAUUGGACGUCUGGACGAAUGCUCCACCGUCUUGCCUCUUUACGCCAAGAGCUUCAUCCUCUUCUGCAUUACCGUGUUCACCCUGGUGCUGAUGUCCAUCGUGGUGCUCUACGCACGCAUCUUCCGAAUUGUGAAGUCCAACACCCAGCGGUUAGGCUGCGGUCCUCAGCGCAAAGGUCUGGCCAGGAAGUCCCAGAAGUAUCUGGCUCUGCUGAAGACGGUCACCAUCGUUCUCGGGGUCUUCAUCGCCUGCUGGUUGCCUCUCUUUGUGCUCCUUCUGCUGGACUUCUGCUGCCCUGCUCAAAGCUGCGAGGUGCUGUUGAAGGCGGACUACUUCCUGGGUGUCGCCAUGAUCAACUCGCUCCUAAACCCCAUCAUUUACACCCUAACUAGUAAAGACAUGCGGAGAGCCAUUCUGAGACUGGUCUGCAGCUACUGUCUGAUAUCAAAAGAUGGACAGGUGAAGAAGUUUGGCAUGCCUUUCCUGGACUGUAGCACCAGUAGGGUUGAGGUGCCGUCACAGAGGCUGGAGGGCUUGGAAACGACGGUCUCUUCUGGGAACUUCACACCAUCCACUAUUAAAGCUAUUUACCCGAGGAUAUUGAAGAGCUGAGGAAGAACAAUGCAUUAAGUUCAAACUGACAAUGCAAGCCUUAAUGGACUGUUUAACUUCUCCUGGUUCAGGUUGAAUAUUUAUAAAACUGCCCAAUGUACAAGUUUGAGGUGCUUGAAGUAUGAAUUCAGGAGACGUUGGAUGAGAUUGAACUCAUAAAUGUUGUGUUUUGGACUUCAGAGUAGAAGACUUGGUUUCCUCUACAUGCAUUAAAGCAAACCACGAGGCUACCAGAGAGCGUGGUAGACCAGACAAGUGGAUUUUUUUUUUACUGUGAUAAAUACCAGUGUUUAAAAUGGAUUGUCUGUGGGUCAGACUUGCAUUACAAGAGCUACGGUGCCUUUUUAAAAAUAGGAUUUUAAACAGCAAACAAUAAGCAGUUGUACAGCUGAAUUGAGCAAAUACGCUUUGAAAAGAACUCUUCUGAUGUUAUACGAGACUCGUGUGAGAAUUCUCAAAAAUAAUGAGCUUGUGUAGCGAGUCAUUUUCACCUCCAGUCCAAAUAGCAGUUGAAAUGUUCAGAGACUUUGUGGUGAAAAGAUGCAAAGAAAAUGACGGGUUGAUGCCUCCACACACAAGCACAUUAGUCCUCGGGCAUUUUAAGAAUACAUAUGCAUGCAAAUAAAAACUGAAAAAUGUUUUCCUCUUAUAAUGGUAUUUUUGGGAAAUACAUUUUUCAUGUUAAAGCUCCCCUUAAAAAUGUAAGUGUGCUAUACUUUUCUAUAUUUGCUUACACAGGAAAUAUAGUUUCAAUGACUUAAGGUGGCACAAGCUAUAUAAAUAUUGUAUAUUUUAUAAAUAUUGAAACAAAGUUUUUAUGUUGUUGUAUGGAAUGGCAUCAUUUAUGUGUAGCAGUCUGCAGUGAUAAAAACAGCACUGACAUUCAAGCAAUAUUGCAUUUCUGUAAAACUGUCUGUGUACACGAUGCAUUCAUGUGUUUAAAUGUAUUUUGUUGAUCCUAAAUUA